AUGAGCCACCAGCAACAGCCUCCUCCACCCCCUCGGCCACCACCCCCUCUAUACUUCCCCUCCCUCUAUGACCGAACCACACAGAGUACCACUCUUGCUGAUUGCAGCCUUUGGAGGAAGCUCUUUGUGCCACUGCGAGGAGGGGAAACAGGGUCAGCUGGGCCUCAGAGACCUCCACCUGGGCUUGGACUCCUCCCACCCGCCAAUGAGCGCUGCUGCCCACCCCCCUGGCCAGCUGGUCUGGCCCCCAUCCCCUAUGAGCCAUUGCGCUUCUUCUGUCCUGCUGCUGACAGCACACCCCAGCGUGGAAGUGGGGCACAUCAGCAGCAACAGCCAGAAGGAGAGAUCUGUGAGCUUGGCAUCCGCCUGAAGGAGCUGGAGCUGCUGGCACUCACUGGGGACGGCUCAGACCCACAGCAAUAUAAGCUUCUGAAGGCACUGAAAGAUGAAAAGACGCAAGAUGUAAUGACAGGACUGACUCUGAAGAAACAUUUGCCAGCAUCAUGA